AUGGCUCAUGUGGAGAGUACUCCGGUUGUGGUGAGGUGGUUCGUGGUUGCUCCGGUGGCUGAUCUGGAAGCUCACCAUGAUCGUUGUCAUGGAGAGUAUAACAGAAGCCGGAUCCCUGAGUUCAUUGGUUCCUUCAAAGAGCUAAGAUAUCUCAAUCUCUCUCAUGCUAGUUUUCAAGGUAUUAUUCCUCCUCACAUUGGAAAUCUUUCUAAUUUAAAGGUUUUGGAUCUCAGUUUGAAUGUUGAGCUGAUGUCGGAUGAUAUGUCGUGGACUUUUGGCCUUCCAUCACUCGAGCAUCUCGAUUUGAGUUGGGUGGAUCUUGGCGGAGCAAAGAACAUGGACAUGGUGCUUUACAAUCUUCCUUCGUUAAAAGAGUUAAGUUUGCAUGGUUGUGGACUUUCCAAUGUCCAUCUUGUUCCUUUUUUUAAUUCGAGUAGAAUUCUUGCCAACAUAAAACACCUUGAUCUUGGCUUCAAUUCUUUCAAAGGCCCACUCCCUGGAUUUUUCCGAAACAUGACAUCCCUAGCAUUCCUAGAUCUUUCUGAAUUUGAUCUUAGUUUGGCAUGGAACUUUGCAAACGUGCUAAACAUGAUCCCUUCUUUAUCAGAGCUGCAUUUGUCACUUUGUGGGCUUGAUAAGACUUUUCUAUCUUCCGCUCAUUUUAAUAUCAGUAUGCUUUCUAACAUCCAACACCUGGAUCUUAGCUGGAAUUCAAUUGAAGGCAUAUUUCCAUCUGUUUUCAGUAACAUGAGUUCCUUAAGAGUCCUUGAUCUCUCAGGAAACAUGCUGCAUUCUUCGGUUCCAAUUAUGCCUGACCUUCUAGAGCUUGAUCUUUCUGUUAACCAUUUUAAGAAUAUUGAGGAUGUUGGAAUCUGGAGACAGUGUUACCUGAAACAGUUGUUUGCAUCGAGGAAUCCUUUUGAAAUAGAAAGGAUUGACCCACCGCAAAACGUUUCAGAAUGCUCCCAAUAUGCUUUGGAGUGGUUGGAUUUAAGUGGGUGUUUGAAUGUUACAAUUCCAAAAGCAUUUGGAAGACUAACCAAUUUGAGAGUCUUAAGUCUAUGGAAUAGCAGUUUGACAGGUCCAAUCCCCGAAUCUCUAGGAAGAUUAAGAUAUUUAGAAGAAUUAUAUUUAUCUGAUAACCGGUUAACCGGUCCCAUUCCUACAUUCCUUGGGAAUCUUUCCAGACUUGACCUUUCUUAUAACCAAUUGAAUGGUUCAAUUCCAGAAUCCUUUGGAAAUCUUGCAGCUUUAGAAUCUUUGUAUCUACAAUCCAAUCACUUAACGGGCCCCAUCCCAACAUCUCUAGGAAGACUUGUUUCAUUACAAGAAUGUUGGCUUUCUUCAAAUUUGUUAAAUGGGACUAUUCCGGUUUCAAUUGGGCAACUUGCCAAACUCAAUGAGUUAGAUAUCUCAGACAAUUCCUUAGAAGGAGUAGUUUCCGAAGCCCAUUUUGCUAACCUUUCGAUGUUGGAGCACUUGGAUGCUUCUUCUAACACCAAGUUGGCAUUCAAUGUCUCACGUGAGUGGAUACCUCCAUUCCAGUUGUAUCAUCUUAAUCUCAGUUCCUGCAAUCUCACAAAUGGAUUGCCACAGUGGCUACGGAAUCAGUUCUUGCUCUCUGAGUUAGUGUUGUCGAAUGCUUCAAUUUCGGGACCUCUGCCCAGAUGGUUGGGGAAGAUGCCUAAUAGGUUAACAGGGAAAAUUCCCAAGUGUCUCCAGAAUCUGCAAGGGUUGUGUGCCAUGAUCCUUAGCUCAAAUUUACUUUCAGGUGUCAUUCCAAGCUAUAUAGCACUUAGUCAUUCAUCAUUGCAUUGGUUAAAAUUAAAUGACAACAACUUUACUGGUGAACUUCCUCGAGAGUUGGGGAAUUUAAGACAUUUAAGAGUCCUAGAUGUGGGUGAUAAUCAAUUGUUUAGAAAGAUACCCCACUGGAUUGGAGAAAACCUGACAAGUUUGAUUGUUUUAAGAUUACACAAGAAUAACUUUACCGGGGAAAUUCCUGAAUCUUUAUGCAAAAUGUCAAAACUUCAAAUUUUGGAUGUUGCAUACAACAACUUAACGGGUAUCAUCCCUCAUUGCCUAAGAGAGUUGAAUGCAAUGGUUAAUGGUGCAGAAAAGUGGUAUGACAGUUAUAGCUGGGCUGAUUCUAAUGAGAAUGUGAUUCAGGUUAUGAAAGGUGUUGAUCUUGAAUAUACAAGAAUUUUGGAUAUAGUUUAUAACAUGGACCUUUCAAGCAAUAAGCUUGUAGGAGAAAUACCUAUAGAGAUAACUGCACUUUCUAUGUUGGUGGGUCUCAAUUUGUCUAAUAAUCAUCUCAGUGGGAAUAUUCCAGACACCAUUGGAAACUUGACGGCAUUAUUUUCUCUUGAUUUCUCAAACAAUGAGUUGACCGGGAUGAUCCCUCCAAGCAUGGCAGAUUUGACUUUUUUGAGUCAUUUGAAUCUGUCACACAACAACUUGUGGGGAAGAAUUCCAACAGGCCAUCAGUUGCAGACCCUUACUGAUGAUCCAUCAAUAUAUGCUGGGAACAGAGAUCUUUGUGGACCUCCAUUGCCAAACAAUUGCUCAGAUCAUCAAGACCCAACAACAACAGCAAAGCCCAAGAAGAAACAUAAAGCAGCUGACAAGUCGAUCAAGGUAUGGUGGUUUUACCUGGACAUCAUGAGUGGAUUUGCAACAGGAUUUUGGGGUGUAAUUGUAGUUCUGUUGUUCAAGAAGCAUUGGAGACGGAGGCUUUUCAUGUUUGUUGAGAAAAGCAUGGACAAGAUAUAUGUUGCAGUCAUGGUAAAAGUUGCCAAGAUCAAGAGAAGAAGAGAAGCUGUAUAG